AUGGAAUACAUACAUCAUAAUACUAUCUCUUCAAUCGAUAUACCAACAACUGCAACUACAACUACAACCAAUAGAAAUGAACAACACCAACUUACAGAUUCAAUUACGUUAUCAACAGAAUCUACAGAUUCUUUUACUUUAUCACCAGAAUGUACUGAUUCUUUUACAUUAUCACCAGUAUACACCGAUUCUUUUACAUUAUCACCAGAAUCUACAAUCUCAACAACAACAACAACUACUACUACACCAACAACAGUGGUAGUUAAAAAUAAAUGUUCAUGCUCCAAGAUGUCUGCCUACAAUUCGGUGUGUCACAAUGCGUGUGGAUGCAGAAAGAAAGGUGUUGGUUGCUCACCAAAGUGUAAAUGCAAGGGUAAAUGCUACAAUGGUUUGCCAAAUGACGAGUACUUCUUUCCUGUGUGGAGAAAUGUUGUUAUCUUUCGAUUGAUUUAUCAUUUCGUCAAUCCUGCUAAAACAACAUUCUUAAUCGAGUACAACAGGAGAAAACAGAAAUUAGAAACUGACUUUCCUUCGGAUAUCGUUGUCGAUUCAUCGAAUAGAUAUGUAGUAGAUCGCUAUCUCAGAGGUCAUUAUGAAUUUCAAGAAAUGAUCGACAGAAUAAAAGCAUCGAUAGAACAAGAGAAGAGAAAUAGACAAAUCAUCAAGGAACAAGGAGAGAGAAAGAAACUACUGGUCGAUGCACUAGCAGUGUUCGGUCUAAAGCUGAGAUCUGACAGCUCACUUUGUCGUGGUUUUAUCAAUGGAACGUUAGAGCGUCGAUGGAACAUCGAUUCAGUUGUACACGAGAUGUGCAAAAUGAAAUACUUUUUCGAAUACUGCAAUAUUCAAGGUUACAUCAGAGGUAGAUCUUUUGACGAGGCAAAAGAUAUCGUUGAGCGUAAGUUUGGCAUACCAAAUGUCUGGCCUUGGAUGGUUCCAACAACAACAACAACCACCACCGUCGAACCUCAAAAUCAGCAACAAGUUGCAACAACAACCACUUCUACCACUACCACUACCACUACCACCAAAGUUUCUAGACCUGUUACUGAAGGAAACCCACCCGAAAUCAACAAUCCUGAAGACCCUCACCGUGAAGACAAUGACAGCAGACGAAAGAGACCUAGGCUAGUCUUACAUUCACCCCUUUCAAAGAUAUUCGACACACUUAAGAAUUAG